CUGGACUCCGAUGCGCCAACAGACAUUACCCCCGCCCCCAAAAUUACAGACAGAGUCGGGUUUAAAGCCCCAGAGGCCGGUUCUGAUUCUGGCCCGGGGCCUUGGUUUUGGACGCAGGCGGGCGGCAAAGUCCCGUUUGAGGCCGUUAAAGUCCCUUCUGAGGCCGUUAAAGUCCCGUCUGAGGCCGUUAAAGUCCUGUCUGAGGCCGUUAAAGUCCCGUCUGAGGCCGGGUCGGUGGACUUCAGUGAGACCGGGGGGGAGGUGGAGCGAGACUGGACAGCUGGAAAGCCCUCAGGCCUGCUCUCCAAAGCCACCUGGACCAGAGGCCUGAGCUCAUCACUAUCCAAGACCUCCUCUUCCUCGUCCUCUUCCUCCUCAACGACAAAGGCACCAACCUUAACCACCUCUUCCUCCUCCUCCUCUUCCUCUUCCUCCCCCCCUCCCCCCAGCACAGCCUCAGUGGACCGGACCGCCGGUCCUACCGAACCGUCUCUGGUCCCAACCAACACCAGCGUGGACGACUCGGUGAGCAGCCUCCCGGCCUGGGACCUGCCCACCGUCCCAGAAUCCCUCCUGUCCACGGUGGGCGACCACGACUUCACGCUGCCCGCCAACAUCACCAGCCCCUUCUCCACCCACCAGUGGAACACCACCAUGCCCGCGCGGCCCAGGAGCCCCACGCGGCGCACGACCACGCCCGCCGUCGCCGUGGAAACGUCUCCGUCGGACUUACGUAUUUCCAGCACGCCGCCGCCGCCACCGUUGGAAUCCUCCCCGGGUUCCCCCAACGCCACCCGGGACUCUGUGACCCACCCGGGCCUUCAGACGACCACAGACGACCGGACAACUGCCUCCACAGCCGGUGUUGCCGUGACAACAGCCGAGGGGGCGGCUGAGGCUCCGCCCACAGGGAGGCAGGACACACCCCCCCCAGAGACAACGGCUGCCCCCACCACACGGCAGAGCACCAGCCCCAAAGUGACCGCAACCAGCCCCAAAACCACCACCAUGACCACCACCCAGCCCAUCACCAUGGAUGCGGCCACCACCGUGCCCGUCCUGGUCCACACCACCCUGCCUCCGUCCACCACCGCCGCAGAGGAAGCUCCACUGCCCUGCAAUGUGACGGAGAAGUACUGGGUCAGAACAGUUUUGUCCAUUGAGCUGCGUAGGAACCGGCUGGACCUGAUCCUGAAACACAACCUCUCCAAAGGCCUGAGCCACGCCCUGCAGAGAGCCCUGAACGACUCCAACGCCUACGCACAGGUGGAGCGGGAGGACUGCGGCCUGCAGAACGUGACCCUUGGCUUCUACGUGACCAGCGGGAAGAGCGUGUUCGUGUCCUCCAUGGUGGUCGAGUCGCUGACCCUCUACGGCUUCGACAAGCUGCUGGCCGACGUCCGGCAGCACGCGCCGCCGGUCAGGGCCCUCCUGUUGCCCGUGGCAACCUGGACGCCGGCGCCCAGCAUCCACCUGCAGCUCAGGACAGUGUUGAGGUUCGUGGGACCGACGGACAACAUCUACUCCUGCAGCUUCGUCCAGAUGUUGGAGCAGAGGCUGGAGAACGCCUACGACGAGGCUCAGGACAAAGUGCUGGAGACCUACAACAUGCUCUCUGUGGAGAUCCAGAGCGUUUCCCAGGAGCCGGGCUCCCCCUCGGUCAGCCUGGUGUACGUGGUGAAGAACCAGGGCGCGGUUCUGAACGGGACCAUCUCCAGCGGGCUCCUGAACCAGCUGACCGCAGAGCUGGUGGGGUACUUCCUGUUCUACCCGCCGCUGGUCAUCGCCGAGCCCCUCGAGUACCACAACCUCAACACCUCCGCGGCGACUAAGAGCUUCUGGGUGAUAACAGUGAUCCAGGACGUGGACAGCUCCUCCCUGGAGGCUAACUACCAGAGCUUUGCCAGCCUGAUGGAGCAGAGGCUGGCUGAGCUCUUCCUGGUGGCCGGCAGGCAGGGCCCCCGGGCGGCCAGGGCCCGGAGGGCCACCACUGUGGGGGGCUACACCGUGCAGAUGGUCAGCAUGCGGCGGUUGCCGGGCCCGAAGAACCCGGCAGAGAUGACCUACUACGCCCAGCUCAACGGGGCGCCCAUCUCCGGAACCACAGCCGCCAAGACCCUCAGCAGCCUGGACUCCCAGACCAUGGCCCUGACCCUGGGAUACUUUGUGCAAGUGCAGGCUGAACCCGUGGUGAAGACCCCCCCCGGAAACCUGUGGAUCAUGGCCGUCCUGACGCCGCUCUGCUUACUGAUGGUGGUGAUCGGCAUGGUGGCCUUCAUCCUGUGUAAGAGGAACAGGGUCCUUUUCAAAACGGGGGCCUUCAGGACCUUUAAAAGCCGCUCCAAGAAAUCAGGCCUUAAUGUUUGUUUGUGUGCAGCCGUGGUGAAGACCCCCCCCGGAAACCUGUGGAUCAUGGCCGUCCUGACGCCGCUCUGCCUACUGAUGGUGGUGAUCGGCAUGGUGGCCUUCAUCCUGUGUAAGAGGAACAGGGUCCUUUUCAAAACGGGGGCCUUCAGGACCUUUAAAAGCCGCUCCAAGACGUCAUACCGAAGGGAGGGCAGUUACCACCACCAGGUAUUAUUGGAUAAGUGGGAGAAUGAAUGGGUGCACGGCCUCCAUGUUGGCUGCCUCCUGCUCGCUGUGCUGUGUGUGGAUCUGCAUGCGCUGAUCCGUGACUCACCGGGAGACGGAUGA